AUGCCUCGACAUAGAGUUAGAGUUGAGGACAGGAAGCGCUCCGUGCGAGCCUGCGAAGCAUGCCGAUUGUCAAGAAAGCGAUGCGAUUCCCGACUUCCCUGCUCCUCUUGUUCCCGAAAAGGAAUUGGUGCCAGUUGUGUGUAUGGUGACAGAGCGAAGGCAUCCCCAUCGAAUCGCAUGGACUCCUCACGCGAUCGUGAGGGGUUACAGAUCAAUCAUGAUGCACGGAGCGAAAAUGCCCCACAGCCAUUGAUCACUCAGAAUGCUAGAAUGCUAUUGACUUCCAAGGGAGAAAAAGUUUAUGUUGGUAAGACAGCCGCAAUAUCGAUGCUCCAGUUUCUCCGGAAUGUCCUUCGGCGAUUUGCAGGCCCUUCGGCUUUCACUGAAAGUCGACGGAGCAAUACGAUGUUGGAAGCCACCUUGAGAUCCACAUCUCAUAGGCCCAUCGACUUUGUGGAUAACUUGAGCGUAUCGGAACGAACCGAAUUUAUCCACUAUUACAAAGUUGCGUCAAAUGGAUUUCUCAAUUUGCUCACGGGUGGCAUAUUGAGCCAACUAAAUUCUGAAAGGAUUCUGGAAUCCGAAUUUGAGAAUGCAUCAUCGAAAGACGAUAUAAUAGCGGCUUACUUAGUAAUUGCCAUUGGAGCCCACUGUAGGGGCAAUGGAGACAAAGAUGUCAAGACAUCUUCAAACUACUUUGCUGAAGCACAGCGUCUCGGGUUCCAGGAUAUGCUUCUAAAUCCAAGCCUUUCCAUGGUGAGAAACUUUCUUCUCAUGGCUUUCUACAUGUUUUGUGCUUGUCGUAGAAAUACGGGCCUGUUGUACCUAGGCGUCGCAUCACGGGCAGCCACUAUCCUCGGUUUACACUUACCGGAGUUAAAUGCGACUUUACCGACUGACAUUCGGACGGUGAGAGUGCAAAUAUGGAAGAGCUUGCGAGUUCUCGAUCUCAUCUGCAAUUCUUUACUUGGGAGACCUAGCGGGACUCAGGACAUUCAGCCCGAGGCUCAAGAAGCAAAAGCUGAGGAGUUCCUGAAGAAACUACGUGACUGGGCACAAGGCCUACCACCAGCUUUGCGUCAACUGUUAACACGACAUAAUGACGGCUACGUGGAAGACAACCACCAGCAAGCAGCCAUUGGCAACAUUCAUGUAGCCUGCAAUUAUUAUUUUGGCGUCAUGUUGGUGACACGACAGUUUCUCAUAAGUGAGGCUAUCACCUGGCUGCAGCAAAGGCAAGCAAACCGAGGCGGCCAGGAAAAAUCUUUUGGUCUUUCUCCGUCUGAUGUAAAGGCACAAGAAUUGGCACGCGUCUGCACAGAUGCAGCAACUUUUCUCGUGCAGAUGUGUCAUGACGCUGGCACAUCAGACUUUCUGCUCGGUAAUAUGUGCAUACUUCAGUAA